AUGAAGGAUUAUGCAUUGAUCUUCUUGUUGUUUCCUCUGUUGUUGUUGUUGGGAGCCUCUGCUGAGCAAUGUGGACGGCAGGCCGGCGGCGUUGUCUGCCCAAACGGGCUGUGUUGCAGCCAGUUUGGGUGGUGUGGCACCACCCGUGCUUACUGUGGACAUGGUUGUCAAAGCCGAUGUCGUCGUUCAAACCCGACUCCGAGUCCUAAUGGCAGCGGAGGUAAUGUCGCUAGGCUCAUCAGCUCUGCCACGUUCGAUCAAAUGCUUAAGUAUCGUAACGACCCGAGAUGUCCUAGCAAUGGAUUCUAUAGCUAUGAUGCUUUUCUCGCUGCUGCUCGAUCCUUUAGUGGGUUUGCUACGACGGGAGAUGAUGCCACUCGUAAGAGAGAAUUGGCGGCUUUCUUUGGCCAAACUUCUCAUGAAACUACGGGAGGAUGGCCAACCGCACCCGAUGGUCCGUAUGCAUGGGGAUAUUGCCAAAUAAGAGAAAUCAACCGGGGUACUUACUGCUCGCCGAGCUCGCAAUGGCCGUGUGCUGCAGGCCAACAAUAUUACGGACGUGGACCCAUCCAAAUCACUUACAACUACAACUACGGGCAAGCUGGUGGAGCACUGAGAUUGGAUUUACUGAACAAUCCAGGGCUGGUAGCCACGGACGCAGUCAUAGCAUUCAAGACAGCCAUUUGGUUCUGGAUGACGCCACAAGGAAACAAACCAUCAAGCCAUGAUGUUAUUACUGGCCGAUGGCAACCAUCAAAUGCUGAUAGAGCUGCUGGAAGAUGGCCUGGUUAUGGUGUCCUUACCAACAUCAUCAAUGGCGGGGUUGAAUGUGGAGGCCGUGCUGCUAACGCGGUGGCUAGCAGAAUUGGGUUCUACAAAAGGUACUGCGACAUAUUAGGCGUCGGCUAUGGAGAUAACUUGGACUGUAAUAAUCAGAGCUCUUUUGCCUAAGAGUUAAAUACUCAAUGUAAUAAAACCACGAAUAUUUUUGUCGUCAUAACUAUGAGACAUGAAUAUUUGUGACCUUAUAUUAAUGAAAGUAAACGUCUUUAUAUA